GGCUCGCCAGGAAGAAGCUCAAACACUAGGAGCACUGCGCUCUGCUUCGUCAAAAUGGCUGUUGAAGAUGGUGAAUAGGAAGAAAGAAGCGCCGUAGACCGAGAAACUAGAGAGAAAUACGCCCCUCUAAACGGACCUUCAGACAGCAGAGCAUUACAACGUUUCUUUUCUGUGAGGGUGUCCCAGCGAGUGGCAAUCAUGGACACCACAACCUCCAUCAAGAUGACCACUCUGGCCAUCCAGAACCUCUUCAGCUAUGUGGAAGAAGAGAAUCUGGCUGCUGUCAAAGCCCAUCUUGACAAGUUCAAAGAGGUGGAUGGUCGAAGCGAUAAUGGACAGACUCCUCUCAUGUUGGCCUCAGAGCAGGGCAGUCUUGAGAUUGUUCAAGAGCUCAUCAGAAGAGGAGCAAAUGUCAGCUUGGAUGAUGUGGACUGCUGGUCCGCUCUGAUCUCUGCAGCUAAGGAGGGGCAUGUGGAGGUGGUGAAAGAGCUGCUGGAAAACAGUGCUUACAUUGAGCACAGAGACAUGGGGGGUUGGACUGCCCUUACUUGGGCUUCAUAUAAAGGUAGAGUUGAGGUGUCCACGGUCCUGCUUGAGGUUGGGGCAAACCCAAACACCACUGGACAGCAAUACAGCGUCUACCCCAUUAUCUGGGCAGCCGGUAGAGGCCAUGCAGAGAUUGUGAAACUCUUGCUGGAGCAUGGAGCUAAAGUCAACUGCUCUGAUAAGUACGGCACCACACCACUGAUCUGGGCUGCUAGAAAGGGUCACUACGACUGUGUGAUGCACCUGUUGGAGAACGGAGCCGAUGUUGACCAGGAGGGGGCGAACUCCAUGACGGCACUGAUCGUGGCUGUGAAGGGGGGAUAUACAGAGGUGGUUAAAGAGCUUCUGAAGAGGAACCCAAAUGUAAACAUGACUGAUAAGGACGGAAACAAACCUACUGCAGUAUUCAGAUUAGCUUAG